CCCCACGACCACGAAACCAUCCCAACUCCUGGAGCGCUCUCGACCGCCCUCCCCAUCGAUAGAUCGCGCAUCCGCACCCAGCCCUCUCUCUCUCUCUCUCUCUCUCUCUCUCUCUCUCUCUCUUCCACCUGCGCUGCGCUGCGCUGCGUCCACCUCGUCGCGCCCGGCGGCACCCUCCUGGCUUCUGCACCGCCGCGCGUCGUGCAGCGGAGAUCCGGCUGUCGUCGGGUCAUGAAUUGACCCCCUUGUCCAAAUCCCUGGCAUCGAGGAGGAGGAGGAGCGGCGCGCCGCCGCCGUCGUCGUCGGCGGGAUGUCGUCGUCCAGCUCGCCGUGCGCGGCGUGCAAGCUGCUGCGGCGCAAGUGCACGCAGGGGUGCGUCUUCGCGCCCUACUUCCCGCCCGACAACCCUGCCAAGUUCGCCAACGUGCACCGCGUCUUCGGCGCCAGCAACGUCUCCAAGCUCCUCAACGAGCUCCCGCAGGCGCAGCGGGAGGACGCCGUCAACUCGCUCGCCUACGAGGCCGAGGCGCGCCUCCGCGACCCCGUCUACGGCUGCGUCUCCUACAUCUCGGUCCUGCAGCUCAGGAUCAAGCAGGCCCGCGAGGACCUCGCCGCCGCGCGCAAGGAGCUCGCCGGGUACAUCGGCCCCGCCGCCUUCGCGCCCUUCGUCGCGCCGCCGCAGUACCACCACCACCACCACCAGUACGCCGGCGUGCCCCUCGCCGCAGGAGGGAUGGGGCUCGGCGUUGGCUUCGCGCCGCCGCAGCACGGCCACGGUCACCCGCACCACCAGCAGAUCAUGGUGCAGCACCAGCACCAGCACCUCCACCACCACCAGCAGAUGGCCGAGGCGCAGCAGCUGGCCGCCGCCGUCGAGGUCGCCAGGGAGCAGGACCUCAUGAUGAGGCAGGCCGCCGCCUACGCGCACGCCGUGCCUGGGAGCAGCGCCGGCGCCACGGUCGCCGCCGUGCCGCCCGACGCCGUGCCGUACGAGGGCGGUUUCCUCUUCCAGCAGCAGCAAUCGCCGCCGUCGCAGGCGCAGACGGCCGUCGCGCUCACGUACCAGAUGGAGCAGUCCCCGCCGCCGUCGUCGUCGGGCCAGUCGCACCCGGAAGUGUCGCACCAGCAGAAUACGGAUGGAAGCGACGAGGGCAGCGGUGGCGGCGCCGUGCCGCCGGCCUGAUCUGACGGCCGGCCGCAUGCCUCUGAUUUGUCCUUUCAUUAGCCUUUUCUUUUCUUUGGUGUUCCUUUGUUCAUUAUGAUUUUUUUCCCGUCUUCUUCAUCAUAUGGCGUCGUCGGCAUGGAUCUAAGGAUCCGUGCAUCCGACGAAGGCAGGCGAGAUGGAUCCUUCUCAAGGUUCCUCAUGAUCAGUUGCCUUUCUUCCUCAAGAGUUAGAGCCAAAUAAAUGCAAGACAGAAGGAGUGGUAGGAAAAGGGGACAGAUACUCAUCUCGGAUCAGUGUAACACAGGGAAAUUAAUGGUGGGAAGGUGGAGAGAUGGCCAGAUGGGGUAGUAAGGUAGACAGACACAGCAGAGAUAGAAGCAUAGCAUGCAUGGUAUGCUGCAGUGCAGGAGGGGAGCAGCAAAUGGUGAAGUGAGAUAGUGGAGAAACAAAAUAUGCAUGCGAACUAAAGGUGUAUGCACUGUGCAGGAGGGAGCAGCAAGCAAGAAUAAAGAAGUUGACAAGAACAGUAGGAGCAAACAUAUAUCUUCGUUCGCAUGCGCAUUUCUUCUUCUUUUCACCUUUUCAGCGCGGUUAUUAUUAGUAAUCUUUCGACUUUAUUUCCCCUUUUUUCCUUUUUUUGUUUCUCGUAAAAAUUCGUUCUGCCAUCUUGUGUAUAAGUGAAUAUAAUAGUGAAGCCUUUAUCUGGACAUAAAUAGACGGAGCUAGUCAGUUUUUUGGGUGACAUUAUCAUUUUUUCCUGGA